CGAACUACAUCACUCGAUACUCGAUCUUCGAAGACACUGAUUUCCUUACCAAGAGAAUUGAGUUUGAGGACCUGAUUUGGCAGUCACGAUGAGCUUCUCUAAUAUGCUCAACAAGCUUCACGGCCAACCAGAGAGCUACGAUAAGAAAGCCAAAUAUCGAUUUGGUCGAACACUCGGGGCUGGUACAUAUGGUAUUGUCAGAGAGGCUGAUGGUCCAACUGGCAAGGUCGCUGUGAAGAUUAUCCUCAAAAAGAAUGUCAAAGGAAAUGAGCAGAUGGUCUACGAUGAACUGGAGAUGUUGCAACGGAUGAAGCACCCACAUAUCGUCAAAUUUGUGGAUUGGUUCGAGUCGCGAGACAAAUACUACAUCGUCACUCAGCUUGCUACUGGAGGAGAACUGUUCGAUCGCAUCUGCGAGCAAGGAAGAUUUACGGAGAAAGAUGCCUCUCAAACCAUUCGACAGGUCUUAGAAGCUGUCGACUAUCUACAUGACAACAAUGUUGUUCACAGAGAUCUGAAGCCCGAGAACCUGCUCUACCUCACCUCUGCUCCUAAUUCAGACCUUGUCCUUGCCGACUUCGGUAUUGCCAAGAUGCUCGACUCGAAAGACGAGGUACUCACCACAAUGGCUGGCUCGUUCGGUUAUGCCGCUCCUGAAGUUAUGCUGAAGAAGGGCCACGGAAAGCCUGUCGAUAUGUGGUCUAUGGGUGUCAUCACAUACACACUUCUCUGUGGCUAUUCUCCAUUCCGCAGCGAAAAUCUCCAGGAUCUCAUCGAAGAAUGCAGCAAUGCGAGAGUUAUCUUUCACGAGAGAUACUGGAAGGACGUCAGUGAUGAUGCGAAGGAUUUCAUUGGUCAUCUUUUACAACCUGAUGCGGAUGAUAGAUCCACUAGCAAGCAAGCUCUUCGUCACCCAUGGCUGAGUGGCGAGAACGCAACUGACCACAACUUGCUGCCCGAAAUCAGAGCCUACAUGGCCAAAGCCCGUCUUCGUCGUGGCAUUGAACUUGUCAAACUCGCCAAUAGAAUCGAAGCCCUUAAGAUACACGAAGACGAAUCUGAUCAAGCUCCGGGCGAGUCUGAUGUCCCGGCCGAUGCCAAAGCAGCUGCUGGUGAUGCAUUAGCCAAUCCUGCUGGACACAGCAGCACUGGACUUAGUACGAGCACGGCAGCAGGGAGUGCACCUGGCGGUAAGAAAUCCCUUAGUAAUAUUGCGAAGGGCGCAAUCUUCAGAGAAGUGGUUCUCGCAAAGGUUAGAGAGAUGAAGGAGAGUGAGAAGCAGCUGCAGGUUGAGAAGGAGGCUACUGAAAAUGCAAAACGGAAGAGCUUCCAGAGCGAUAGAUAGACUGAAUUGUUGGGUUUUAAGGUUGUUUAAGUCGAUACC